UCUCAACUUUGAGUUUUUCAAAAAAAUUAAGAAAAUGAAUAUCACUUAAUAAAAAAUUGAGUAUCUCAGCUAUUUCGAAAAUAUUUUUGGAUGAGUGUAUUAACAUUUGAGAUACUCAUUCUUCUAAAUACUAUUUAAAAAUUUGUAAAAAACCUAAAGUUAAAAAACCUAUGCAAUAUGAAUGCUCUCACAAAAUCAAAAUCCUUUUCAAUGAUAUUAACAAAAUUUUAAACUGCUGAAAUCAAAAUUUCGUGGAAAAGUUUUUUAACUUUAGGUUUUUUUACAAAUCCUUUUAAUAUAUAAGUUGUUUGUUUAAUUACUUGUCAUCCCCGCCUUGGUGAAUGGUGAUUUAAUUAUAGCAGUAACAAUAAUUGAAUUGUAAAAAUUGAAUGAUCAGCUUUAGACCUUUUACGAUCAUGACUAAGAAGUGUCUUUCAUGUUUCACGGUGCGGAGGUCCAUGCUUCAUGGUUCUUGUUAUUUAGUUAAUUAAGGUUCAAAAAUGUUAAAGUCUUUUCGGAUUAAAUAUUAGAUUUUGUUUUGGAUUUUUGGAUAAAAAUUUGGAUAAUUAAGAUAAUUUAAAAUAUUUUGGAUAUUUCGCUUAUAUAAAAUAUUUUUAAAUUAUUUCUUUAUUUAAAAACUAAAUAUAGUUAAUAUUUAUAAAUAUAUAGCCUAAUAUAAAAAUUCGGAUACCCAUUCAGUUCUCGAUUCAGUUUUGAUUUUUCGGUUUUAAAGAUAUAAGAUUCGCUCGAAUAAUUGAUGAGAUCCAAAUCCGAACUGAAUUUUAUUUUUUAUUUGGUUUGAAUGGUUAAACUUUUCCCUUAUAUCCAUGGAUUCAGAGGCGUAUUGACUAUUUUCAAGCUUUCGGACUACGAUCAGCUGUGCUAAAAUGAUAGAGAUAAUCUUUAUGAUCGUUCAUGCUUAUCUUUUGGCGAACCUCAAAAAUGCUAGAUUGGGUGACAGAACAAGUCUAUAACUUCAAAAAUCAAUUUUUUUCAUUCGUGAUAGAAUAUGUGGUUGUUUUCCAAUGUUUGAAAACAGAUUUAAUCAAUAUAGCAGAGUCUAACACUGUUUACAAAACUACCCUUAAUAAAAAUUUAAUUUUCAUUUUUUGUAGUGCUAUAUUUGUAAAUAUUACAUGGGAUAAAGGGUUAUUUCCAUAGAUAUCAUAAUAGUCCGAUGUAUAAUCUCUGAUAAACUUUUUUUUUCUGAUAAAAUCUCUGAAAUUUUUUGUAUCUAAUAAUCUACGUAUAAUAACAUUAUCUAGGAAUUGACCCAAACCUGGUGAGGAAUUGACUAAGAAACUUCCACUAACAUAGACUACAUAGUAUAUAAUUUAGAUUACUUGAAUGUUGAAACUUUCGCUAACUUGGCAUAUAACUAUAUCAGUGGAAUGUGGGAACUUCCACUACCUUGGUCUAUAAUUUAUAAUACCUGAGUGUGGGUUUCGACCUAGUAAUCUAGAAAAGAUGGCCGUCGUCUAGGAAAUUUAAUAUCAAAGAGAUUUGUUUAUUUCAAAAUUAUUUACAUCUAAUUCUAACUAAUAUACUUAAAACAGAAAGCUUAAAGGAGCGAAAUGUUUAGUGGGUUUGAUAAGGAUCAGGUGGCAGAGACAGAGGCUAUACUUUGGAAGGAAGCACAAAUGGGAAAAGUGAAUACAUGCGAUAACCAACCAUCUCAAAGAAAUGGGGGAGACACAGAGAAUCCCGACUCAGUUUGAAAGGUGGUCUAUACAAAUGCGUCAUGGAAGGACAGAGAUUUAUUUUCAAGACUAGGAUGGUACAAUAUUUUGCUAGGUUCCGAGGAUCUGAUGGGGCAAGGAACAUUAGAGAUUCUCAGUCUUUCUUGCAGGCAGAAUUGGAAGUAUUAAUUUGGACGAUAGAAUGUAUAAAAAAUAUUCGACAAUUUAACGUUAUGUUUGCUUCAUAUUUUUUCAGUUGGUGAAGAUGGUUUUAUAACCAGAAGAAUAACAUGCUUUUGCUUUACACCUAGAGGAAGUCCAAAGCUUAAAAGAUAUUUUUGCUACUUUUAGCUCUAGAAUGUACCUAGGACUCAAAAUUCAAGGGUGGAUACUCUUACACGUAAUGCACAAAAUCGAUCUACCUUAUUUAUCCAUAUAGAUAUAGAGUCCCUAGUUUGGUUGGCAGAAUCUUAGUAGAAUCUGUUUAUGUUGAUGUAAAAAAAAGCUUAAAGUAAAGCAUAAAUUAUAGUGUUUGAUUAUAUAUUUUGAUCUAAAAGUAAUGGUAUAUUAAAGGCUUGAUCGUUUGUCCAUUCAGAUGGACCAUCUGGAUAGAGAUGAAAAUUGAUGUUCGUUUAGUGUUAAAAUGGAAAUAAUUCAAAUGAUCUAUCUAAAUAAGUUUAAAAAUUUUAGCUUAAAAUGAAAUUCAUCUAGAUGGCUCAUCCAAAUGAGUUUAAUUAGUGCAUCUAGAUGGAGAUAAACAUGUCCAAAAUAAUAAAUAAAGAAUUUUCCCUUAUCCUAAUAAAUAUUUAUAUUCAAGUUUAGACAAAUAAAUAAUUAUGACAUAGUUUCUCAAAAAGUUCAAAAAAUUGUAGUUUUCCACAAAAAUCGCAAAAACACAUUUUUGUCAACGGUCGUUGCUUCUCAGUCCGUGCAGAGGUCCAUGCUUCACGGCGUAGCUCUAUGGGGUCAAAUCCAAGGUCUGACAACCCAAGCCUUCCUUUGUUGCCUCCAUUAGGAUUCAUAGUGGUUGUGCUGCUUUAAUUUGACGGCGGUCAGAGGUGGUUUUUUUAGUGAGAAGGCGAGUUUUUCCGCUACAGCUUGGGUCCACCGGUUUUCCCCUCCUUGCUUAUGCAUGUUUUGAGGAUGGCGGGCGGAGCGCCGAUAUUAGGAUUUUCUGGUGAUGGUGGAGGCUAGUUGGUGGUGGGGUGCGGCUUUGGUGUAUCCACACACCUUCUCCAAACCGACGAAGCCACUCCUGCUGUGUGCUUUUCUUCCGUCAUCACUCCUGCUGUGUGUUUUAUUAUUAUUAUAUCUUUUUAUUUUCCAGCUGCAAUGUAAGAAAAACAAAUAUUUUAAUACAAAGACCCUUCAAAAAAUCAGUUACUAAAAAUUAAACCAAAAUGACCCGACAAACAAAAAGUAAAAGCAAAUUUUGUGGAAAUUGAUAUACAACUCCAAUACGCGCAUCGUCUUCGAUCAACGUGAAUAACACUUCUGGAGAAGACACGAUUGUUAGUGAAGCUGGCUGGAUUUACCUAUGUGUAUAUAAAGAGAUGGCCAUGACAUGUUUCAGUGUACCCUUCUUUUCCACUAUUGAUAUUCAAUAGAUUAAAACUAGCAUAAAAUAACUCUUGGUCCACAAUGAGUAUUAGUCAUAUGACACUUUCUUUUCUCUUCUUGUUCAUUUUCAAAUUUCAAGACGUGACUGCGUUCGCUACAACAGCAAGACACUUGUGUCGUCCGGAACAAAGGAAUGUGCUUCUCGAAUUCAAGAAAGUGUUUGAGAUACGGAGGUCUUCUUCGAAGCUUUGUAAUAUUAACGGUCGCAUAGUAGGCUCUUAUCCGAAGACAGAGUCAUGGGGAAAUAACAGCGACUGCUGUUAUUGGGGUGGUGUCACGUGUGAUGCCAAGUCUAAAGAUGUGAUCAAGCUAGACCUCAGUUGCAGCUGCCUCCACGGCCGGUUUCAUUCCAAUACCAGUCUUGUUAGGCUUCAAAACCUUCCUUCUCUUAAAACACUAGACCUUUCUAAUAAUUAUUUAUAUGGUCAAGUACCGUCCUCAAUUGGGAAACUCUCUCGUCUCACCUCUCUUUCUCUUUCCAAUAACCGUUUUUCCGGUGAGAUUCUACCUUCACUAGAAAAUAUUACUCGUCUCGCCUUUCUCAGUCUUUCUAACAAUCUAUUUUCGGGUCAGAUUCCUUUGUGGAUUGGAAACUUUUCUCAUCUCACGUUUCUUGACCUUUCCUCUAAUCAUUUCGCUGGUCAAAUUCCAUUUUCAGUUGGACUACUUUCACAACUCACGUCUCUCAGUCUUUCUGAUAAUCAAUUUUCAGGUCAGAUUCCAUCUUCACUUGGAAACCUUUCACACCUCACCUCUCUUGAUUUCUCUAGUAAUCACUUUUCGGGUCAGAUUCCCCCUUCACUUGGAAAACUUUCACAUCUCACCUAUCUCCAACUUUUUGACAAUCAGUUUUCAGAUCAAAUCCCUUCUUCAGUUGGAAACCUUUCUCACCUCACCUCUCUCCAUUUUUCUCAUAACCAGUUUUCAGGGCAGAUUCCAUCCUCAGUUGGAAAGCUCUCUCGUUUAACUUCUCUCGACUGUUGCGAAAACAGUCUGGUUGGUCAAAUCCCAUCUUCUUUUUCACUUUUGAACCAGUUGACCAACUUGGUUGUUAAUUCCAACAAGCUCAGUGGUAAUUUUCCUAUUGCACUACUAAAUUUGACGAAGCUAUCCUACGUGUCACUCUCCAACAACCGAUUCACUGGAACUCUUCCUCCAAACAUCACUUCCCUAUCCAACUUGGAGUUUAUUUCAGCGUAUGACAACUCUUUCGGUGGACCCCUCCCUUCUUCUCUCUUCAACCUUCCCGCUCUGACCUCUAUUUAUUUAACAAAUAACCAACUCGAAGGAUCUCUCAAGUUUGGGAAUAUAUCUUCCCCAUCUAAGCUACGAGUGUUAAGCCUCGGCAGUAAUAAAUUUAAGGGUCCAAUCACGAGUUCCAUUUCCAAGUUAGCCAAUCUUGAGGUGCUCGACAUCUCCCAUUGGAACGCCCAUGUUGACUUUAGUAUCUUCUCGCUUCUCAGGUCGCUCCAACGUCUUUACUUAUCUCAUUUGAGGGCAACUCCUAGGAUUGACUUGAGUACAAUUUUGUCGUGUUUCAAGUCUCUCGAUUUGUUAGAUCUCUCAGGAAACCAUGUUUUAGCCACAAACGAAACUACGGUUUCAGAUCUUCUUCCUUUGGUAAUGAUAAGUAAUUUGAACCUGUCAGGCUGCGGUAUUACCGAAUUUCCAGAGCUUCUAAGAACACAGACACUACUCCAGACUCUGGACAUUUCCAACAACGAGAUUAAAGGUCAAGUUCCUGGUUGGUUAUGGAUGCUACCAAAUCUUGGUUACUUGGAUCUCUCCAACAACACUUUCAUAGGUUUUGAAAGAUCAACGAACCGCAAACUAUCAUCUGUCCUGGGGCACCUGUUUGGCUCCAAUAACAAUUUCUCCGGAGAAGUUCCUUCUCUCAUAUGUGAGUUGCACUCUCUAAGAACCCUCGAUUUAUCAAACAACAACCUCAGCGGUCCAAUCCCUCUCUGUAUGGGAAACCUCAAGAGUACUCUUUCAGUUCUGAACGUGCGUCAGAAUCGUCUUAGUGGAUGUCUUCUAGGGAAUGCAUUUGAAAGUCUAAGGUCGUUCGACGUCGGUCAUAACCAAUUAGUUGGAAAGCUUCCGAGAUCGUUGGUACAUUUCUCCGCUCUCGAAGUUCUGAACGUGGAAAGCAACAUGAUCAAUGACACGUUUCCGUUCUGGUUGAAUUCUCUACAAGCGCUGAAAGUUCUUGUCCUACGCUCCAAUGCGUUCCAUGGGCCAGUCCAUCAAGCCGCGUUCCUUAAGCUGCAAAUCAUCGACAUAUCGCAUAAUCAUUUCAGUGGGAUGUUACCAUCAGAUUACUUUGUGAACUGGAGGAAAAUGUCAUCACGUGAGACGAACGAAGAUGGGUCCAAUCUAAACUACAUUGGGGAAGGUUAUUACCAUGAUUCGAUGGUUUUGAUGAAUAAAGGGAUAAAGAUGGAGCUGGUCCGCAUUCUAGAGAUCUACACAGCACUCGACUUCUCCGGAAACAGACUUGAAGGAGAGAUUCCAAAGUCCAUCGGGUUACUGAAAGAGCUUCACGUGCUCAACUUGUCAAACAAUGCUUUCACUGGACACAUCCCAUCGUCUAUGGAAAACCUGACAGCUCUUGAGUCGCUUGACGUUUCUCAAAACAAUAUUUCAGGAGAAAUCCCACAGGAGUUAGGGAAUCUGUCGUACCUUGCGUACAUGAACUUUUCCCAUAACCAGCUUGUAGGUCUAGUACCAGGAGGCACCCAAUUUCGAAGGCAGGCUUGCUCUUCUUUCAAAGACAAUUCAGGACUUUUUGGUCCUGCUCUUGACGAAGAUUGCAGAGAUAUCCACAGGCCCUCAUCGCCACCAUAUGAAAGGCUAGAGGUAGAGGAAGAAGAAGAAGAAGAAGAUGUGUUUUGUUGGAUUGCAGCUGCAAUAGGAUUUGUAUUUGGGCUAGCGAUUGGAUGCAUAUUGGUUUGUUACAAAACAGAGUGGUUCACGACACCUUUUGGACGAAACAAACACAGAAGCAGAAGCACACCAACUCGUUAGAGAGCUGUUUUUGUUUGUGUAGCAUUCUUAUACCCAAGUUGAAUCAUUGAGACAAGAGAAUGACGCAACUAAACAAAUUGAGUGUUGAGAAAGAAGCUAUGGGAGAACACAUUACUCUGUUUUUAGUAUGAUCUUUUGCUCUCUUUUUAGCUUGGUUUGGUCUUUUACUCUGUUUUUAGCUUGGUGUGUUUUUCUGUUAUACUGUUUAUAUCCAAUAUUUAUGUCUCUCUGUAAUUUAAGAAUGAACAACUCUGUAUUCAAAGCACAGACUUUUCCUAUUA